AUCCUUAGCGUGAAUCGUGACGUAGCCUUUGCACAUGAUCACAAUACAAGAAGCCAGAAUCAUUUCGAAGUCUUUGACUCGUUAAAGGCUUAUUGUUUUGGAAGUAAAGUAUGACUUUCUCGUUUCGACGACUUUUCUUCGUUUUCGCCUUUUCAUUUCUCUUAAUUUUGGUCACAGUUACACCAGCUGCUCCUGUUCGGCCCGGCGAUGACGAAGCAAAAACAAAAAAGUUCAAUUCUCAGAAAGACGAUGGUCCAAUUCUCAUGACGAGGGAUGAAAUCAGUAAAGUGGCUGGAGAAGCUCUGGCAAAUGCCACCGCAAAAAAAUUGAAUAUUCUUAACGACACUCAGCUUGAAGGUGUUGGCGAAAGUUUGGCAAGAAGCAAAAACUCUACUGCUGUGGUCGCUGUGAUGAGAAAACUGACAAAAGUUAAGGCGUUAAAACUGGUAGCAAAAAUGGCGAAUUCAUUAAAAAAGUUGUCAAGACGAAUCCAAGCAAAUCUCAUGAAGGAAAUCAAGAAAAAGUUUGGUGAUGAUUUGUCAACCAUUUCCAAAGACGACAUCAAGCGCCUUGGUCCUAAAGUACUUCAACAAGUCAGUAAAGAUGACAUCAAGAAGCUGAUUAAAAAGAGGGACGCCUUUGAUGCCCUCUCGGAAGAACUUGCAAAAAGUCAAGACUUACGAGACAGCAAGAGGAAGGCUAUUGCUGAAGGCGCCAAAACACUCCAUGGAAAUCCAAACACCUGGGACAAAGACAUCGUCGGCAAAUAUGGUGGAUUUGCUCGUCCAGCUGAUUUGGACAAAAUAAGCCCAAACGCGAUUAAGGGCGCUCUAGACCAAUUAGCAAAAAAUAUGGGAAUUAAAAGGGUUAAUGCUCGAAAGAUCUUGUCUAAGCUUGGAGAAAGUAAUGGUCUUGGAAGACCGGGAAACUGGAAUGCCACGACUUUGAAACGACUCGGGGGACUAGCAAAGGCUCUCAAACCGUCUCACAUUAAAGAGAUGGACCCGACUGCUCUCAAGGAUUCUUUAGCAGUGUUAGGAAAACUGGAUCUCUCGAAAUCCCAGGCUAGAGCAGUGAUAGAGAAAAUUGUCGCAUCUAAGCCAGCUAAUCAAUGGUUAAGCGACGAUCUGAAGAAAGCAGGAAAGCUGAUAAUAGGAUUUAGCAGGGGUAACUUGACGAAACUGUCGAGGGCUGUAAUCAAUGAAUCACUUCGAGAGCUGGGUUCAGUUAGCCGUGAAUUGACUACAGAACAGAAAAGAGAAAUUGCCAAGAAAAUCGAUAAACCCUCAGUGUGGACUAACCGAGGGGCGAAAAAAAUUUCUAACCUGUGCUACGGAAAAUCGAGCAAAGAACUCAAGAACAUUGGUGCUUACGUUGCAAAGGAGCUUGUUGCAGCCAUGACUCCUGAAAGACACGCACCAGAGGCCAAAAACAGGGUGUUGAAGAAGAAGAUUUUCAGCACUGGAAAUGUCAAUCUAACGAUAACAGGAGCAGUCAUUAGUUCGAUGACCUUGAAUGAUCUUAAAAACGCUAAUCCUAAAAGGGAAUUGGGACUAGACCAGCCAGACCAGCCUGCAGAAGAAAAAAAGGAUCUGCCUUGGAAUCCGGCGCUUGUCAGACAGCUGAUUGACAACUUCAAAGAACAAGAGGGACAGCCUGACACAUGGACGGAGAAAGUAGUUUCAUUCCUCGUAAGCCGUGGGUUGCUAACAGGAUGUUCAACAGAGGAUAUUUCCAAAAUAAGACACCUUCCCUUGGAAGACCUUGCGGAUGUCAGCGAUAGAUUGCUUCCGGCACAGAGACAAGCUGUCAUGAAAAAGUUUAAAGAAGACAAAGAAAUAAAGACUCCCACAGAUUGUUCCAAACUUACUCGACCAGACAUUGAAGCCUUGGGUGUCCUUGCGGGUGACUUCUCCAACGAAGAGCUUGAAAAUUUGCAGCAAGAUGCCGCUCUAGAUGCAGUCAGCAAGAUUGGUGAAGACACGAAGCUUGGUAAAAAACCACGAGAAUUAAUUAGAAGAACCCUAGAUAUUGCGUUGAAAAAAUUGGGGAGAGGAUCGAUUGAAGAAGUCAUUGAGGACGACAUCCUAGUCCUUGGCAACUUGGUCUGUGGGCUGAGUCCUGAACAAAUCGCAAAGAUUCCGAUGGCGACCUUCAACGCGACAAAAUAUAAUAUUGGUGAAAGGACGUGCUUCAGUUCAGAACAGCUCAAGACUCUAGCAAAAAAAGCCAAAGAAUCCAUUGAAGUCGACAAAAUGACAAGUGAUGAUGUUCUUGAUCUGGGUACCAUCGUUGAGGGGUUAACAGCUGAUGAUCUUAGGAAAAUGAGAGACACCGUUGUCCAGGAGAUCAAAGAUGCUUUUGGAAACUUUAAACUCUCAUCUGAGAAAGCAAAGGUGCUAAUGGAAAAGCUUGCCAAGCGAGUUACGAGACGGAGACGAAAUACUGAUGUGUCAACCAAGAAUGGGCAGGAGCUCGUUGCUAUGGGCAACAUGCUCUUGGGAUUAACAUCAUCAGAUAUCGCAACGGUUAACAUUGUAGCCUUCGAUGACGCAGUGAGCACUAUUGGAAAGAUUGAUGGAUUCUCACGAGAGCAAUUAGAGGCUUGGGCAGAUAAAGCUAAAAAGGCGUGGAACAGCGAUGUUGCGAAGUUCAAAGAAGAUCAGCUUCUAAGGCUCGGUGCAAUAGCCAUUGGGUUUACUGACAGUGAAUUAGAGAAGAUGGCCCUCUCUUCAGACGACGUCAUUGAGAGUCUAGGUUCACAGAACGUGAAGUCCGCAGAGGCUCAUGGGUACACUCUAAGCCAGUUGAGCAAGGCAUUGAAUGGAAUAAAAACUUUAAAAAGGAAAAGCAUCGAUAAAUUUACUGGAGCCGAAAUUUCAAACCUCAAUAAUUUUUCCCUCGCAUUGACGGUGGAAGAAAUCGGCUCUAUUCCCAAGGAGACGUUUAUAAAUUGCAUUGGUUCUUUGGGUAAGACAAAUGGCUGGUCCGCUGACCAGAUGAAUAAGCUUAAGGAAAAGGCCGUAGAGGCUCAUGGUCCUGUGAGUGGAUGGUCUCCAGCCAAGCUCAGCGAAUCUGGCAGGACUAUUGGUGGAUUCACUAAGUCUGAGCUUCAGUCUCUCUCCGGGGAGCAUGUUUCAGUGAUUACUCCAGAGGCCAUCAGAAGUAUGCCGCCAAGUUUGUUUGCUGGUUUCACUGAGACUCAAUUGCAGCAUCUUGAUUACAACCAAGCAGCAGCGGUCACAAAUGAACAAAUGCAGGCUCUUCCAGAAAACUUGAGGAAUAUUCUUAAAGUCAAAACUGGAUCCAUCAAGCCUGACAGUUCAGGUGGUGCACAGACGUACAUCAGUCAAGUGUUGAACAUCGCUAUCAUACUUACCACAGUGAUUGUGAUAAACAAUUGAAUAUGCAAGAAAUAUCUCGGCGCAUGAUGGUAUCUACGAGUCCCACACAUCACAUCUGUAACGCUAUACAGGCAGAUAAAGUAGCUUAGCGACACAUUUUGCACGAACAUUUUUUUAUCAAGAUUAAAUGAAGGUUAUAAUGCUCCGCAACCAAUGCUCGGUAAGUGAAGUCUGAUUGAGAACGCUCGCCGAGUAAUCCAUGCGUUUAGAUGGAACCUUGGCGAAGAGUCGUCGCUACGUACAUAUUCGGAGACUUAAGAACUCGGCAAAGAUUCGUCGUCCUAGUAUAUUUGGUGCACAGUUCACGUUGCACGAUCGAUAAACUCUCAGUAGAGGCUAAAAAAGGGAGACUUUAUAAUACAGAACAUCCCAAGCAUGGAUCCAGGAGGGUGGGCUGGGUAUUGAACCAUUCUGGCCCCAUGUAGUGGAAAAACUAUAAGAACAAAAUAUAAUUGUAAAAUCUAAAGAAGAAGCUAUUUGACGCCUUUGUAGACAAAAGCCACUCCUUUUUUUAUAAUAAAACACAACGAAGUAGUAGAACUACUGCACAGUAAAGAAAACGCUUGCUUAUGGAAGCUGGCCUUUUUUCCAGUGCUUGUAAAUGAUGUUUAAAUAAAUGAAAUAAAGUUUCACUAACACCGUCA